AUGGUUUCCACAAUCCAAGCUGUGAUUCUUGAUGCAGAAAAGCAGAGUUCUCAUAAUCAUCAGAUCAAAGAUUGGCUCAAAAAGCUCAAAGGUGUUCUUCAUGAUGCUCAUGACUUGCUGGAUGAUUUCUCAACUCAAGUUUUGCGGCACAAGGUGAUGAGAAAGAAGAAGGUACGCAUUUUCUCUUCCAGUUCUAAUCGUAUUGCUUUUAGUCCUAAGAUGGGUCGUCAGAUAAAAGCAAUUAGGGAGAGGCUAAAUGCCAUUGCAAAAGAUAAGGAGGAUUUCCACUUUAUUCAAAGCUUCAUUGAGCCACAAGUCAUGAGUAGGGACAGAGAAACUUAUUCUUUUGUUCUUGAAGAUGAAGUUGUUGGGAGAGAGAAUGAUAAGGAAGUGAUUAUCGAAAUUCUUUUUGAUGACAAUGUUGUAGAGAAUAUUUCUAUCAUUCCAAUCGUUGGUAUUGGAGGAUUAGGGAAAACCACACUAGCUCAACUGGUUUACAAUGAUCAAAGUGUCAACAAAAAUUUUGAGUUAAAACUUUGGGUUUGUAUCUCUGAAAUCUUUGAUGUAAAACGAAUUGUUAAAGAAAUUUUAGAACAGCUGACGGAUGAGAGACUUAAAGAAAGCUUUGAGGUGCUGCAAAAUCAGCUUCGAGAAAAACUUAGUGGAAAAAAGUACUUGCUUGUCUUGGAUGAUAUGUGGAAUGAGGACAAUACUAAAUGGCUUCUCUUGAAAAAUUUAUUAAUGGUAGGUGCAAGGGGAAGUAGGAUAGUUGUAACUACUCGUUCUAUAAUGGUGGCGGGCAUAACAGGGGCAACUUCAUGGUAUGCUCUAAGAGGCCUACCUGUAGAAAAGGCUUGGAAUUUGUUUGUAAAAGUUGCAUUUGGAGAAGGCCAACUGCCAAAGAACCAAGCCUUUAUUAGCCUGGGAAAGGAGAUUUUGGAAAAAUGUGUUGGGGUACCUCUUGCCAUAAGAGCAAUAGCAAGUUUGCUACACUCCAAAGCUUCUGAAAAUGAGUGGCGAUCUUUCAAGAAUUAUGAACUCUCAAAAAUAACUCAAGGAGAAGAAAAUAAUAUUUUAUCAACACUUAAGUUGAGUUAUGAUCAUCUUCCAUCAUACUUAAAACAAUGCUUUGCUUAUUGUAGAUUGUUUCCAAAAGAUUACAUGAUUCAUGUAGGGACAUUGAUUGAUCUUUGGGCAGCGCAAGGUUUUAUUAAGUUAUCGAAUCCAAAGCAACGUGUUAAGGAUGUUGGUGGAGAGUACUUCAGGUUAUUACUUUGGAGGUCAUUCUUCCAAGAUGUUAAAAAGGAUUACUGGGGCGAUAUAUGGUGCAAAAUGCAUGAUCUCAUGCAUGAUCUCGCAAUCUCUGUGGCUGGAACAGAAUGUACUGUAUUACAUUCAACCGAGGAAAAUAUUGGUGAAAAUGUUCAUCAUAUAUCAUUUAAUCUUUUGGAUUCGUCGAUGCAGUUUCCAAUCAUCAAGUUUAAAGGAAAGAGGAUACGAACGUUUCUUGGACAUAGAAGAGGGUGUGACUUUCCUUGUAAUGCGCUUGUUUCAAAUCUUAAGUAUUCACGCACACUAGAUUUGAGCUAUCUACGGUCACGAAAAAUGCUGAGUUCAAUUGGGAGAUUGAAGCAUUUAAGAUAUCUUGAUAUUUCUGAAAAUGAUCACAUUAAAAUUCUCCCUAAUUCCAUUGUCUUGCUGCUGAAUUUGCAAACACUGAAACUCAAGAAUUGUAUUGCACUUAGAGAAUUACCCCGGGACACUAAAAAUCUGGUCAAUCUUAGGCAUCUAGAUAUUUCUGGUUGUUUUACACUGACUCAUAUGCCUUACGGACUCGGAAAUUUGACUUCUCUUGAGAUACUACCACAUUUUGUUGUGAGAGACGGAGGUGCCAAGGCCAGGGCUAGUGGUGGGCUUAGUGAAUUGAAUAAGCUGAGCAAUUUGGGAGGAAACCUGAGGAUUAUGUAUCUAGGACAUGGAAAAGAUGACAUGAUGGAAUGUAAAGCUGCAAAUAUGAAGGAGAAACAACAUCUUCACCAACUGGAAUUAUGGUGGGACCCAAAGUUGGUUGGAGAAACUGAAUGUUUUGAUGAAAUGUCCCUAGAAGGUCUCCAGCCACAUCCAAAUCUUAAUGUGUUGAAAUUAUCGUUUUAUAUGGGUGUUACAAUUCCAAGUUGGGUCUCUUUGCUCACUAAUCUUGUCGAUUUGAACUUGUGGAGUAAUUGUAGAUGCCACCACCUCCCACCGUUACAUCAGCUCCCUUGUCUCAACUCUAUUUGGCUUAUUAAUAUGGAAGCACUUGAAUACAUAUCAGAAGACAAUGGAUGGUGGAAGAAAGAUGAUAAUGAUGGGCCAGGCCAUCUGUUGCUGCCAUCAUUUCCUCGUCUCUCUAAAUUGGAGAUUGAAGAUUGCCCUAAUCUUACUUUCAUGCCCUUGUUUCCAUAUCUUAAAGAAGAGCUGAAAUUGUGGGAAGCUAGCUUGAAGAAUCUCUUCCAGAGAAGUGGCUGCAAAACCUUGUUUCUCUUCGGAGACUUUUCAUUUAUCGGUGCCAUGGACUUAGGUCUCUUCCUUGUAAAGGCAACCUCACAUCACUGCAUCAUCUUUCAAUUUCUGGAUGCUCCAAUCUGGCCCAAUUUGACGUCACUGUCUCAAGAAAUUUGCAAUCUCACCUCUUUAGAAUUGAGUAUUGAAAGUUGUCCUAAUUUGAUGGCUUUACCUGAGUCCAUAGAUAACCUCACAUUACUACGUGUGCUUACAAUUGGGCAAUGGCCCAAUUUGACGUCACUGUCUCAAGAAAUUUGCAAUCUCACCUCUUUAGAAUAUCUGAGUAUUGAAAGUUGUCCUAAUUUGAUGGCUUUACCUGAGUCGAUAGGCAACCUCACAUCACUAAGAGGUCUUGUAAUUGACAAAUGCCGUAAUCUGACAUCAUUGCCUCAAGGGAUUCGUGAUCUCACCUCUUUAGAAUUACUGGGAACAGACGGGCUCAAAAUUCAGACCCUAUUCAAAAACUGCAAUUGUGCAAUAUGA